AAGAAGAGUGAAAAGAAGAGGACAGGAUUUGGGUUUUGGAGAUGAAUUUGUACAGGAGCUUUGGCAAUCUUCUGGAGAUCUGGGUGACUGAGAGUGGACCCCCCAACACCAUCUCAGACCCCCAGGAGGGGGUAGCUUUGGAGGGCCAGUGGGAAGGGGGUGACUCUGGAGAUUCCCUCACCCUUUCAGGGACAACUUCCAUGUCUAAAUCUGACGUGGGGACACUGGUGCGGUCUGAUACAGAGGAUUCUGGGAUGGAGAUAACCAGCUCUGAGGCUUCUCUCCCCUCCUCCCCUCCCUCUGUGUGCAUGGGUAAUACAGCUAUUGAUCCUGUCUCAACAACUUCAUUCAGGGACGAGGAUGGACUCCCCUCUACCUCUCCUCCAUGCUCUCCUGUCCUCUCUCUGCCAUCCUCCUGCUCCUCUUCCUCCCUGUCCCUCUGCCUCAGGACCAGGGCUCAGGGGCACAGGGAGCUGGCUGCGGUCAUGCACCGAAAUGUGGAGCAGGCACUGAGGAAGACAGACGCAGGUGGCAGGUGGCAGGUCCUGAGGCCUGUAGACAGAGGCGCUGCGCCCCGACGGCAGUGUCACAUGGCUUCACUACCCUCAAUGCACCCCGUGACCCAUAUCCAGAGGGCAGGUCACAGGUCAGCGAGUGCUGGUCUGAGGAGGACAGUCAGCCUGUCAGUCGUGGAUGAACAGGCCUCAACAGAGCUGCUGCAGCACAGAGGAGGCCUCUCCCCACAUCACAACACUCUGCCUGCUCAGACAGACACAGAGAUCAGGCAGAAGGAUGUGUGUGAGGGAGCGUAUGAGGGGCUCACCCCAGGGCUGGGGUACCUGGAGCAUGUGUGCCGGAUGUUGGAGGAGAUUGCUAGGCUACAGAUGCAUAACCAGAGGUUACAGGUGGAAAUGGAGGCUCUGCAGGAGCAGCAGGAGAGCAGGAAUUCAGAACACAACCAUUGUGACUGCAAGGCUGCUGAGGAGGGUGGCCGCUCUUCCAAUGAAAGACGACUUGAUGCCAAAGAUUAUGUUGAGGACUUACCCUGCCAAUCAUCUCAAAAUAAUAGUAACAUGCAUCAGCAUUUUCGACGGAGGUCAGCAUCGGACACAAGACUCAUGGUGGGAUAUCUGAGGAAGGUGAAGGAAGAGUCUGGACGGCGGUACCCGAGUAUAGAGGAUCUGCUUGAACAGCCCGAGGAUGACAAAAAGCAGGAGAAAGAAGGAGCAGGAAAGAAAGAACAGCAAAGUAGGAUUAAGACCUGGAAGCUGAAGAUUGGCUCUCUGAGGAGGGAGACCACAGAGAAAACCAGCCAACAGAUUCAUUCAUCCGUGAAGAAGGCUAGCGGGCGUCGGUUGGGACAGCUUUUCAGGAGGAGAAGGAAAACUGUGCCAGAAUGAGAAGAGCAGAAUAUUCCAACAUUACAGUCAUUGGUCCUAAGUAACAUUCCUCUUCUAUGACUUGAAGAAUGAGGACACAUACUGUAGCACUUUUUCCACAAAGCUGUGGAUGCACAGGACUACAAUCUAUUUAGUCAUCUCAAUAUAUGGAUAUAAAUGUUUAUUUAUUGUCUGCUGCUACGUUUGUAUUUAUUUAUACUCAAGUACCAUAUAUAUUUUUUAUAUUGCAAUUACAUGUAGCCAUUAACCAAUGUGUUUUUAUGUUUCUUUGAUGUCCAUCAAGUACAUUAGCUAUAGGCUAUGAUCAUAUAUGAUCCAUGUCUGUCUGUAUCCCCACGUCUACAACAGGAUAUUUAUUUUUCACUUUUGGUUUAUAUAAUCUUUUCAGGAAACCAAAUAAUGCCUGCCUUCAAUAGUUAGAGU